AUGCCAGCUGUAGCAUUGAAGCCCGCUCCGGAGGACAUGGUGGCAGAGGGAGGGGGCGAAGGAGAGUGCCACGGGUCUCAGUGGGAAGCCUCCAGGCCGGGCCGGGAGCGGCUGCCCCUGCCAUCUCUGAAGGUCCCCAGGGAGCUUCUGCGGAGCUUCCCCCACUCCAAACGGGUGGGAUCCUAUCUGGUGGGGAAAAUGAUCAACAAGGGAUCGUUUGCCAAAGUGAUGGAGGGGCUGCACAUUGGAACGGGGGAAAAGGUGGCCAUUAAGGUGAUCGACAAGAAGAAAGCGCGGCAAGACUCAUAUGUUCUGAAGAACAUGAAGAGAGAACCUCGAAUCCAUCAGAUGGUCCGACAUCCUCACAUUGUUGUCCUGCUGGAGACUUUGGAGACAGAGAACAGCUACUACAUGGCCAUGGAGCUUUGUGCUGGAGGAGACCUGAUGGACAGGAUCUGUGAGAGGAAGAGGCUGGAGGAGAGGGAGGUGCAGCACUACACUCGUCAGAUCCUCUCUGCAGUGGAACAUCUGCAUAAACACGGCAUCGUACACAGAGACUUAAAGAUUGAAAACUUUCUGCUGGACGAACAUAACAACAUAAAGAUUGUGGAUUUUGGCCUGAGUAACACUCUGAAGGCUGAAUCUUUGUUUCUGGAGCUCCUAAACACCCAGUGUGGAAGUCCUGCCUACGCGGCCCCUGAGCUGCUGGCUCACAGGAAGUAUGGACCCAAAGUGGACGUCUGGUCCGUGGGUGUGAGCAUGUUUGCCAUGCUGACAGGAACUCUGCCCUUUACUGUCGAGCCUUUCAACAUCAAGCAGCUGCACCAGAAGAUGGUCAACGGAGAGAUCAGCAGCAUCCCCAGUGACAUCAGCAAAGGUGCGGUGUCAUUUGUGUUGUCUCUGCUGGAGCCCGACCCCGUUAAGAGACCUAGUGUCAGGGCUGCAAUGGAGGACAGAUGGAUCAACGAGGGACCUGCCAAGAAACCACUACCCACGCACUUUCAUAAAAACAGGCUUUGUCCAGAGGAUCUCAACUCGUCUGUGCUGGCAUACAUGACAGAGACACUGGGCUACUCUCUCUCUGAAAUCACACACACACUCACCAUCAACCGACCCUCUGCCAUCAUGGCCUCUUAUCACCUGCUGCUCAACAAGCUCAGUAGGAGCCAGAAGGGAGCCAAGGCCAGCAAGAAAAUAGAGAGCAACGACUGGAGUCUUCCAAGCAAGAAUACAUGGAGAGAAAGGCAUAAUGCUGAAUCAAAGACUCUGCAACAGAAUGAACCGACCAAUGAAAAGAGAUGGAAGCAGUCCAGCAAGCCUCUGAGAGCCCAACACACAACUGAAUGUCAGAUCAACAGGAAGAGGACUGAGGACCUGCACAGACAGGACCACCGAGAGGACGUGGAGAACCCAUCUCUACCCCAGCUUCCUCAAUCUACCUCCCCCUCAAUACCACCUCGUCUUCCCUCUCCCACCCCUCAGUCCACAGAGGAUGGGACCACUGAUGAGGAGAUCGCCACCAGCUUGGACACCAGAGAGACGCUGUUUCCCGAAAUGUCUGUGAUCGGAGACAGAGAACUUGUCCAUCUUUCUCCUCCUAAAAGCUCUGCAUCUCAACUCUGUGACUCCGCCCCUUGCCAAGUCCCCUUACUCGCUGAGCCAAUCAGAGACAGCAGCGCAUUGAGGCCAAUUCGACACACACAUCUGCUCAGGACAACUCAAUCAGACAGGGCAGCAGACCCUGGGUCAAAGUGCUUCCAUGACAACCUCCACCAAGACGACCACUCUCAUCACCUGAGCAUCAACGAGCGUCUGGAGAAGCUGCAGACAUUCUAUUCUUCAGAGAAGAACGGCAUUUCUCCCAGGAUGGGAGUCCUGGAGGCCGACACACACACCACACACUCCUCAGACAGAGACCACCCGGGUGCCACGGAGACGACACAGACGUCACCCUCUGCCCCACUGCCCCGCUUGCGCAACGUGGGGCUAAAAGAUGGACGAGGCAGAAAGAUGACAUGGGUAGGUUUGACCCGACCCGGGGCCCCAGGACUCCUGGUGAAUGGUACUAAACCUCCCGCCUUCCCCUCACAGAGACAACAUACUUUGGUCAUUAAGAGUCUCAGGCAGGAGAAGGGCAAGAGGAGAGAUCUGUCUGCAUCAGGAGGAGGAGAGCGAGGCCCAGCAGUAGGAGGGCUGAAUGGAAAGAGGAACUCAGUUCAGUUACGUUCAUCUCUCCAGCGUCGGGUGGCAGACCUGAAUCUGCCACUGCUUCCUGCAGCUCUGCAGAGGAAGACAGAUAGCAAGAAGCAGCUACACAGCGUGGAGUAUCGUGUCCUCCCAUAGAAAGACAGUGAUAGUGGCCAAGAGAAGAGAGGAUACUGAGAGGGAUAAGGCUGAAUGGUAUGAAAUACUGAGUAAAUAUAGGGCUGCAGUUGAGAACUGUGUUGAGACAUUUUGU